AUGCUCUAUCAUAUUAGGUUCUACAAAGUACCGACAAUAUCGAUAGAUUCUAAGAAAGAUCUUGUGUUGAAAUCUGUUAUAACAAUUACAAAUGAUUUAGGUGAUAAAUUUUUCUUUGGUAAUGUUAAUCUCAAAGUUGAUAUAGGUGUGGGUCUGAAUCCCAUACUUCUUUCUUGGACUUCAGGUAUGCAAAGUUGUAACCUAAAUAUACCGAUACCCAAGCGCACAAAAAGCAUUAGCGUCAAUGUCAUAGCUGAGAUCUCUUCAUUAGAUGAUGUUUUGGAGGAGAAUCCCCAAUUUCUACGCCUAAAGACAUUGCCAUUUAAACUUCCAUCUGGAACUUGCGAGAGAGUAUCCAUACGUUAUGACCUUCUUCAUCCUCCAGCGACACAAUCUAACAAUGGGUCCGAAAGCAUAGACAGAUCAACUGAUAAGCUUGCAAGACCGCAGUUGACUAUUGCAGAAGAGGCUGGGAGUAACAAUUUGGCCCGUCAUGUAUGGGAUGCUGGACUAGCCACUUGCCAAUGGCUAGUUGAUAAUAGAACCGUGAGCCAACGGAAACUUCUUGGAUCUCCUCGUACUAUAGUGGAGCUUGGUACAGGUUGCGGUCUAGUAGGGUUGGCACUCAGUAAAUUAUUUAUCGAUUCGAAGGUUAUACUCACAGACCUGGAAGACGCUAACGAAAUCUGCAAUCGUAACAUUCAACUAAAUAUAGCACAGACGAACAAACGAAAGCGAGAUGUCCAUAAUGUGGCUUUCCAAGUUUUUGACUGGGAUAGCGACGAGACACCAGUUGAAAAGGACAAGAUUGAUCUGGUCGUGGUUACAGAUUGUACCUACAAUCCAUCUUCUUACGAUUCCCUUCUCAAAGCACUCAGCAUAGUGACUCGAACAGGCACCAAGAUUCUACUUGCUCACAAGUAUCGUGACCCUGACGAAGAAGAAUUCUUCAAGCGACUUACUUUCAAGAAGCUCUUAGAUACCACCGUCGACUAUUAUUCCCAGUCUGUUAGGCUGCUUGUAAUGGAAGCUUAG